UGCAGACACAGUGAACGGAUAACAGACUCAUUGUGUGUAGACACAUUUCUGGAAAUGUAGGCACAAUCAGAAUGUAGACAAGAUCAGGAUAAAGGACCCAUAUAAGCAUCAGGUAUAAACAGGGCUUGAGAGAGUGAGAGUAGAGAGAGUGAAUAAUCCACGGGCAUUUAUUUUUAGAAGCUCUCUCGGUCGCUACGCACUUCAUGUAGCCUACUACAACACAGCCCAUGUUCUUCUGGUCAAUAAUUGAAACGGGUUUGGUACAUUGGAUUGGAACACAACACCCGAGCGCACAGCGUAAAGACGCGCAGGCCUAUACCGUAGUGUGAUGUUUCAAGCUAUAUCCGGAAUUUGGAGAUGCCCACCUUUGCCAAUGAGGCAUCACCACUGCUCACGAGGAUCCCUUCCAGAGGAACCGUGUGUCCUGAUCCCCGGCUGCAUGGUCUCGGAAUACCAGGAAAAGUACCCUGCCUACUGCACCACUGUUGUCCGGGCAGCCAAGAAGCAGAAUAAUGAGUAUCAGCGUCUGGAGGGAAAGAUAUCCAACAUGACUACUUUCAAGUCAGACUACGUGGCCCAUGAAGUGACCCAGAGGCCCCCAAAGGUCACCAAGGUGUAUGUGCCACCUGACGGGAGAAUGAGACACAGCAGCACCUACGCCAGGGACUACCCAACACACCCUGUUCAGAAGCACAUCGUGACUAAGCCAGAAGAGUAUCAUCCGCCCACAGCAAAGAUGGUCGCUCAGUCCUUAUACAAAGGGGAAUUCCGAGCAUGGCACAACCAGAAAGUCCAACCCUACAGGACCUGUGACAACCUGAAGCUGAACGACAGCAAGUUCGAGGUGACCACCACCUUCCAAGACGACUACUGCCACAAGGGCCCAGCCGAGGCCAGGGAGAGCUUCAAACCGGCUGCCGACGCCCGGGAGACCCUGCCCUUUGACGGCGCCACCAACUACCAGACGCAGUAUGUCCCCCACCCGGUCCAGCCCAGGCAGCCCAAAGAGAGGGCCGUCUACAGGCCCACCAGCGCCCCCCUCAAUGGGGUCUCCACCCACAGGCAGGACUACCGGGGCCUGCCAGCUGAGCCCGCCAAGCCCUUUAGGGCCAAGGUGGCCUGGGAGAGCAGCCCGGCUGUAUUCCAGGGGACCAGUGAGUUCCGCGACCAGUACAAGGCCUGGCCCCUGCAGCCCAAGCACCGGCACCAGGCUGAGGAGUACUGCCCACCCGAGGGCACCAUGGUCGGUCUGUCCACAGCUCAUGCUGACUAUGUCGACCAUGAGAGCCAGCAGCGGCCCCAGUCCGCCCGUCCCCUGGUCGAGGCCUGGACAAAGGAGGCCAGAGAGCCCCUCCGGACCAGGUCCACCAUGAAGGAAGACUACCGGACCUGGGACGUGGUCCGUCGUCCCCCCAUGGUCUACGCAGAUGAGCUAGAGAAACCCAAGGGGGCUUUCGCCAACACCACCACCUUCCGCUCAGCAUACACGCCCAAGACGGCCCAGCGCGCCACCAGCUUUAAACCCACCCAGAAGCUGCUGAGCCCCCAGACCAUGGAUGAAGACUCCAUCUAUCGCUCCACCUACACACCCAAGGAGAUCCCACCUUGUCCAGCCCGGGAUGGCUGUCCUCCUGGUUUUGAGUACAGCUCUAUGGGGGCUGGAGGACACAGGUUGUACCGAACCAUCUCAGUACAGGAAACGGGGCUGAAUCAGCUGGCCGCUGCAACGUCCGAUAAGCCCUCUUACUCCCACAGCAGAAAGAGCUGCAGGGUCCCCAGCCGAGCCAAGAGGUCGCCAUAG